UGAAAACGACAACUGAUAACAGUGAAACUCCUUGGAAAUUGAAUUGAAUUGAUAACAGUUAAAGCAAUUUGGUAUCAAAACAUUAUUCAUUAUAUUCUUAUUAAAGUGUAUUUAAGAUGGAUAAAAAGAAAUUUAAGUUACUUGUUGGUGCUACGGGAAGCGUCGCAGCUCUAAAAAUACCAAUUUUGAUCGACUCCUUACUAGAAUUAAAUAAUAAACAGCAAUACAUAUUUGAGAUCUAUGUUGUUGUAACAGAGCAUGCGAAACAUUUCUUCGAAACAUCAAAAUUACCCGCUGUUGUAAAAAUUUGCGAUGAUGCUGUAGAAUGGAUCAGUUGGAAAAAUAGAGGCGAUCCUGUGGUUCAUAUAGAGCUUGGAAAAUGGGCUGACAUGAUGAUCAUUGCACCAUUGGAUGCUAACACUCUGGCUAAAAUGGCUCAGGGUCUAUGUGACAAUCUACUCACCUGCACCACUAGAGCUUGGGAUAUGAAUAAACCAUUGCUGUUCUGUCCCGCUAUGAACACUAGAAUGUGGGAGCAUCCUGUGACAUGUAAACACAUUCAAACAUUGAAGGAGUGGGGCCAUGAGGAAAUACCACCAAUUAAGAAACAGCUGAUAUGUGGAGACACUGGAAUUGGUGCUAUGGCAGAAGUUACAACUAUUGUGGAUAGAAUAAAAAGUAUUGCUGAUGAUAAAGUAUUCAAUACAAGCAAAUGAAGGACACAAACUUAUUUAAUAUAACCCAUCACCAGCAACACUGUCCACGCACAGAUAAAAAA